UUUGUUCGUUUAAAUGUCUCUGAUCGCGGAUGAAUCUAUAUAACUCUGUGGUACCUUUUGUUAGGGAGGAAAUAGUUCCAGCUAAGGCGGAGUUGUGCCGUGUUUUCUUGUUUAGGAGCAAAUAAUCGUUUCUUUUUCGAAAUGCCGAAUAUAAAACUGCAAAGCUCUGAUGGCGAAGUUUUUGAGGUUGACGUUGAAAUAGCGAAGUGUUCAGUGACAAUUAAAACUAUGUUGGAAGAUCUUGGAAUGGAUGAAGAUGAUGAAGAAGUUGUUCCUCUGCCAAAUGUGAACUCUGCAAUUUUGAAAAAAGUGAUUCAGUGGGCUACUUACCACAAGGAUGACCCCCCUCCACCAGAAGAUGAUGAAAAUAAGGAAAAGAGAACAGAUGAUAUCAGUUCAUGGGAUGCAGAUUUCUUGAAAGUUGAUCAAGGAACACUGUUUGAAUUGAUACUGGCAGCAAAUUAUCUUGACAUAAAGGGUUUGCUGGAUGUCACAUGCAAGACUGUUGCUAACAUGAUAAAGGGCAAAACUCCAGAGGAGAUACGCAAAACCUUCAACAUAAAGAAUGAUUUUACUGCUAGCGAAGAAGAACAAGUCCGCAAAGAAAAUGAAUGGUGUGAGGAGAAGUAAAAAGAUUGCUCAAGUCACUUAAAAUUUUAUUUGAAUUUAUGUAUACACAAUUGUAAUCUCCAUCUUCUCCCUUCUGUUAAUUAUACCUAAUCAUAUGCUUCUGAUUGUUCAACCACAUAAACUUCGUGCAUACAUUUAUUGUUAAUGACAUAGUGUAUCUUAACACAGAUGUGCUGCCAAGUCAUCAUAUAAAGGUGAUGAUGCAAAUGUAUAAAGCAAAUUAGAAAAGACUUUGGCAGUUGUACAUUUAAGUACACUUAUGCAAAUCCAGGGUUUUCCUCUUUAUUUUGGUUAUUGCAAAAGAAAAGUUCCUUUAAGUGUAUGACCUCAGUAUUUAUUGUCAGUUGAAAAACAUUUGUGAAGUAGAUUAGAGAGAAAUCUGUUAUAGACUGCAUUUUAAUAAAACCUUACAUAAAACCAA